AUGUUUUUGUAUUCGGUGCAGCUCCUUUUCUGCGUGCUGUUGGUGUGCUGCGGCGGUACGGCUGUGUACGGUGAGGAGGGAAAUACGCCAAAGGAAGCGCAAACACCAGAGGCUGUUGAUCUUUUUGUGCCGCGUCAAACGAUUGUGGAAACACAAGGCCAAAGUCAAACGAGGGAUUCUUUUGCCCACCCUUCCCUCGCCAGUGCUGGUGGAGUUUUGGUUGCGCUUGCCGAGGGUAACAUAUUCUUUCAACACCCCCGUAAUAAUCAGACUUUGGUCACUUGCGCUGAUGUUGUGGCGGGGUACAUUGACCCUGCGGAGAACUGGUCGUCUUUUGUUGCUGAGGUAAGUGCAAACGAAUGGAAGGCGCACAGCAUCUUUAACGCGACCACGCAAGAGGAGCAUAACGACCGUGUGAUAUACGAGGUCCGACCCACAACAAUUGCAAAGGGUAACAAGGUUUUUCUACUCGUGGGGGGCUAUCAUCAGAAGUAUGAUCCUUCAUCGAAGAAGUGGACUGCAUCCUCACAGGAUCUUGAUUUGCUCGUGGGUGAGGCCAUGCAAGAUAAAGUCAUUCAAUGGGGCGAACCCACCUCGCUUGUACCACAGAUCAAACCAUCUGCUAAACAACGUGGCCUGGAGCAGUUUGUUGGUGGUGGUGGCUCGGGCGUUGUGAUGGAGGAUGGCACGCUUGUGUUUCCUGUGACGGCGAGGAUGACAGGAGACAACGAAACUGUGUCCAUGAUCAUUUAUUCGAAGGACGACGGCAAAAAUUGGACGCUUUCACAUGGGAUGCUCCCCGUGGGGUGCACUGACCCCCUCAUCGUUGAGUGGGAGCAGGGGCAGCUUGUCAUGGUUGCCAAAUGUGAUUUGCUCUCCAAUGUGUUCGAGUCGAGGGACAUGGGGGCAACGUGGAGGGAGGCUGUCAGGACACUCACACGCGUGCAGCCCAGGUUUUCACCACAGUUAUUGCAACGGGUUUGGACUGUGGCAUCCCUCACCACUGCGACCAUUGCUGAAAAGAAGGUCAUGCUGUACACUCAGAAAGGGGCUUACUUUGAGGAGACAGUGACAUAUAAGCUCUACCUUUGGGUUGCUGACAACAACCGCACGUUUCACCUCGGGCCCAUUUCCAUAGACACUGCAGUGGAGGUGGCGUCUGACAACGCCCUGCUGCAGUCUAAUGAUGCGCUGCAUCUUUUACAAGUGAAGGGCAAUGACAGGGCAAGCAGUCUGUUUUUUACUUCUUUGCCGGAGCAGCUGAAGACGAUUACGUCCGUCUUGGAGACUUGGGCAGAAAUGGACUCCUACCUCUCCGAGUUGUCAGUGCCCACGGCCGGUCUGGUUGGAUUCUUGUCAGGUGCAUCGGGUGAAGGAACUUGGAGCGACGCGUACCGUUGCUUGAAUGCAACUGUGGCGAAUGCAACGAAGGUCGAAGAUGGCUUUAAGUUCACAGGGUCCGAAUCAUACGCCAUGUGGCCUGUGAACAUGUGGAAGCAUCACUAUGUUGACAGCUUUGUGGAUUACGAGUUUGCGCUUGUGGCGACGGUGACCAUCGAUGAGGUUCCGAACGAGAGCGUUCCUCUGCUGGGCGCGGGCCUGGAGGACAAUGAAAACACAAAGUUUGUGGGGCUGUUGUACACAACGGAGAAACGGUGGGGGACAGUCUUCAACGGCAUGACAACAACAACACACAACAGCACUUGGGAGCCGGGGAAGGAGUACAAAGUGGCGCUCAUGCUGGAGGGUAACAAGGGCUCCGUGUACGUGGACGGCGUGCUUGUGGGGAGCUCUGACACACUACCAACCCCUGAGUCACGGAGGCAUGAUAUCUCUCAUUUUUACUUUGGUGGCGGUAAAAACAGCAGUGUGACAGUGAGGAAUGUCUUUUUGUACAAUCGCCCACUGAAUGCCAUGGAACUCAAAAAGGUUGACGGCUCUGAUGCGUCUGAGCAACGUACAGUUAACAGCUUUAAUGCGUCUGAGGACGGUGCAGGUGGCAGCUUCGAUACCUUUGAGCAACGUACAGUUAGCAGAUCCAAGGCAUCUGAGCAAAGUACAGUUGACAGUUCCAAGGCAUCUGAGCAAAGUACAGCUGACGGUUCCACGCGUGCUGAUGUUUUCUGGGUGUCAAUUCUGCUGCUAUUGGGGCAGUGGGGCUUUGCGGCCCUCUGCUGA